CAGUCUGCUCACCUGAUGCUCUGGUCAUCACCCAUGCCAGAGCUUGGGCUACUGGUCCUUACGUGGACGUUCGGAGGAUGCCGAUGUCAAUUUUCCUGUGGCUCAUCGUCUCGGCGACUCCACAUUUGACCUCCGAGCACUUCAAAUUAGUUCAACACUUUGACUCUUCGCUGUACUUUCGCUCAGCAUGCAGCCCAUCAAGUUUCCCAAUGAGCAGGAUGCAAAGGUAAUUUUGACGCAGCCAGAAGAGGGCAUCUUCCUCAUCACUUUCUGCAAUGGCGAAGACAACAGGCUGGUAACCGACUUUUGCCAAGGUGUUCUCUCUGCCCUCGACAAGAUUGAGCAGCUCUGUCCAGUCGGCUCGGUGGGUGCUGUUGUUACGACUGGCUCUGUCGCCAAGUUUUACAGCAACGGCCUCGAUCUCGAUCAUGCCGGUAAUACGGAAGGCUUUUGGGAAAGGUCAUUUUACCCAAUGCUGCACAGGCUCGCAAGCUACCACUUACCCUGCGUGGCUGCCAUCAAUGGUCACGCAUUUGCAGGAGGUGCCAUGAUGGCGCUCUGUCACGAUUACCGCAUCACAAAUGCCUCAAAGGGUUUCAUGUCACUCAACGAAGUACACUUUGGUGCGCCCUUGAUGACAGGCAUGAUGGCGUGUGUCAGGCACCGUGUCAGUCCUGCUGCCGUUCGCAAAUGCGUUCUCGAAGGACAUCGAUUUGCUGGCGCAGAACAGGUUAAGCUUGGCUUUGCUGACCAGGCUGCUGAUCCAGCAGACAAUGGUGUUCUCAAGGCUGCUAUCAAGGAAGCGCAACGACUCAGUCAAUUCUCAAAGACGGGCGUGUAUGGCAAGUUGAAGCUUGAAAUGAACGCUGCACUCUUGGCAACACUCAACAUUCAGUCACACAACGCUUGCGUUGAGCGGAUGGCCAAGUAUGACGAUGACCGUGAUGCAUUCCAGGAGUCCAAGGCAAAGUUGUAAUAUAGUCUAUAUUCCCUGUUCCAGCUUUUCUACUUGUUCUUCCAGACUUGGCAAUUGAGCAGCUAGCUCCUGCAUCUUUUCUUGAAUCUGUCGAAUCUCCGACAUGCUUGACGUGGGUUUGCGAGCGAGUGCACGAA